GAACAGCACCCACACUCACUUUACCCCACUGCAAUAUGAGCGCAGCAUUCUCUCAGAGCGUUUCCCCUGUUGCGAUGAUCACACAGGCUGCUACCACCAUUGAAAAAACUCUUGACAUGCCAAGCGUCUCCCCCCUACCGAUGGCAACCACUCGUCCAAACCCAGGAGCAUAUGUGCAGCCGACCAUCAUACAGUGCCAUGACCCCGUUGCGCGCAGUCUCGCUACCGUGGCAGUAUUCUUCGCCAUCGGUAUGCUUAUCCUUACCACUCUGUUGGUAUUGAAGAUCCAAAAGCUGAAGGUUAGGGUGGGGCGCUGGGAAUCGGCCGGGGAUGAUCACGAAGUGCUGUUCAGUACGCCCAGCGACGCGUCCAUGUAUGGAGACGAAAAUAAAGUGCUGCUGGGCGGAGUGGUGGAGCCGGCACUUGCUGAAGGGGCGCAGGCGGGAAGCGCCGUUCCGCAUUGA